UUAGUGCGAUUUCAUUCGAAUAAAUAACAUAAAGGUUUCAAAUACAAAAUCCGAUUUUGUUGCAAAACUAAUUUCGAAUCGGGUACAAGUGCUCCCAACGUUCAAUUCGGUCUACGAUCAGUAUUUCUGUGGAACGGUUAAUGUUUGUGUGGAAGCGAUUUAAGGUUAAGGCACUACAUGCUUUUCCUGAUUAUAUCUUCUAAAUAUUUUAAAUCUAGAGUUGAAUGGACUUCACAUCGCUUAAAGAAUCAUUCACGUAAUUAAGAACGACUUUUUAAAUAUAAUCGGUGUAAUAACAGUUCGUAUUAAAUAGAAAAUUAUUAUUUUUUAUUUAAUAUUGCGGUAGUAUGGUAACUGUACAAUGGAUUAUUCAUAACUAAAGCAUCUUACGGCUACCAAUUCAAGAUGCGAAAUGGCGGCCGAAGCAAACAAUCCGAAUUGUAAUAUAUUUCCGAGCACGAUCAGCAUUAGUACGGGCGCCGGAGCGUCGGCGGCGAAUUCGGCGUGUGCGGACGGCUGUGCGACGGUUACUCCGCCAGCCGAAACGGGCAACAUGUUGCCCAAGCAGAAUAAGAUGGCAUCGUUCCUCUUCGGACCAACUGUUCUGCGAAAACUGUUGCCGGCAGCACUUUGUCUUAUAACUUUUGCUACCGUUAUGACAAUACUACUCGUCUACAUGGACACAACAGCGCUUAGCCAUCAGCAAUUCCGUAUAAACAUGACUCAAGAUUACGAUAUGCUGAACGUUGCCCAAGAUAAUCCCUUGCUGAUUGCGUACAUUCGGCAGCUCCACAUGAGUGGUGGUUCCAAUGCUCCACAUCUGGGCGUCUCCUCCGACUGGACCGUACGGAAUGAAAAUUCCUCCGGUACAAACGACACGGAUCCAUCAUCAGCCGAUGAUACCCACAAAUCAGAAGGGAAAAGUUCACAGGACAGAAUACUUUAUUUAGUCAGUCUUCUGAACAAUAAGAAAGGCGGCGUUUUCGUUGAGUCUUUGAAUCCAAAUGUGCCUGGAGGAUCUCAGUAUUUAUCGAGCGUUUUAGGAUGGAGCGGUCUUAUUGUAGAACCUGACCCCAGGAGAUAUUUCACUUUGAGAAAAAAAUUAUCGCAUGGAUCUAAAACUCGAGCCGUACAUGCUUGCCUUAGUCCUACACCACAUCCUCGAGAGGUCAGCAUUCACAAAGAAGACUUCAAUGAUGGUGUUCAAAUCCAAACAAUAGAUAAUGAAUCGGACUUGUUUAACUCUCGUGUUAAGUGUUUUCCUCUAUUUUCAUUGCUAUUAGCAAUUAAUUGUACAAAUAUCGAUGUAUUGAGUAUUAGCAGUGAAGGCUAUGGACUUCAAAUAUUAACCACUAUUCCCUUUGAAAAAGUACGAAUUAGUAUUAUAGAGAUUCAUCUAGGGCAUACUGAAGAUUUGGAUGCAUCUCUAAACAUAACCAAGUUCUUGGGGAGUAAGUCUUAUAAGUUGAUGAAUACUUUCGAUAGAAUCUUCGUGUAUAUGAUAAACAACCGAAAACAAUAUCCAUUUAUGGAUGGUUACACAAGGUGUUAUAUAAUUUUACGAUCUCUAUCAUCUUUCAGCUCUAUCAUCUUACAAGAACAAAUUGGCACAGCAUACAAUAAAGAAUUAUUCAGUCUCAUUUCGAAAGUUUAUCAGACUGUUCCAAAGCAAGGCAAUUGA